GCUAUCUGGGAAAAUCGAGGAGAGGCUGAGGAAAUGGAGCAGCCAGGCUUGCUAUCAGGCCGAGGGGAGGGCAACUCUCCCCUCCCCAAGGUAAUGCUGCUCUGCUGAGAAAACCUGAAGUCACCCUCGGCAUGCCCCGAGCCUGGCCCUGGGAGGAGCCAGCCCUUUGUAGGCACAGGGCUGCUCCGAGUUAACACACCCUCUGCCUCCUUCCUUCCCCCCAUCCCUGCAGGCUCUGCUAAUGAGGGCCUGUCACGGGGCCCCAGGGCUGAGUCACCCACACCAGCAACAGGCCUCUUCCUUCCCCAGCAGUUGUUCCACACGCCUGCCUUUCAAUUAGCUCCCACCUCCCGGAGCUCCUCACCCCACACCCACGGGGGCUGGGGAGCCAGGCCUGCCCGCGAGGACGCAGGGCGUUGGGCUGUGGAGGAAGAGGCGGCAGCGUGGUGACACACAAAGCAGGGCUGCCCCAGAUGGUCCCCAGAGGAAUGUUACGCUCCCCGGUGCCCUGGGGCGUUGCCGCUGCCCCAAUCCCUGCCUGCGGAUGCUGCAAUUACCUCAGAGCAUGAGACCAGCCUUCCACCUGACUGAGUCAGCCGGAAGACAACAACACAUCUCCUCUGCCACACACUGGCACAAACAGCCAAGCCACUAAUCAGUCUGGGAGCCAGCGGCGGAGAGGCCGGCCCCCCGCAGGGCCAGGGAGAGGGCGAGGAGCCCGGCACUGGGCAAGAAGAGCCACCUCAGAUCGCGCCACAGCUGCCCUCGCUCCGGCUCCACGGAGUGGAGUGCUGUUUCUUCCUCCUGGGGUUUUUCCACUGCCCUAUCAAGUAACCAGGCCACUCCUGUCCCUCUGGGAGACUCCCGUCGCCAGGAACUCUCAGCUUUUUCGGCUCUCCUGGACACGCGGCCGAAGGUCCCUGCUGAGCAGAAACCCGGAGGCCUCUGCUUCUGCCAGCAAAGGCUGCCUCCCUGAUUCUCGCCGUUCACUGCUCCAGCGGGACCAGAUGGCCCCCAGCUGCCCUUGAACCGGGCUUCUGAGGUACCAGGCUUGUCUGCUGGCUCCCCGGGGCCCCAUGGAGACCUGGCAGAAAGGCUCCUUCUGCAGCACCUCCUUCUUCAAGGGGCUGAGCAUGCGGCGGCCGCGGAGACUCCGGCGACAGGGCAGCGUGCUCAGCCAGGCCAGCACGGCUGGAGGGGACCACGAGGAGUACAGCAACCGAGAGGUCGUCCGGGAGCUGCGAGGGAGGCCAGAUGGCCGGCGCCUGCCACUGUGGGGGGAUGAGCAGCCCCGGGCCACCCUGCUGGCCCCGCCCAAACCCCCGCGCCUCUACCGAGAAAGCUCCAGCUGCCCCAACAUCCUGGAGCCCCCAUCCACCUACACCGCAACCUACUCUGCCACCCUGCCCUCCGCGCUCUCCCUGGCGGACGCCCUCCACCAAUACUCCGAUGAGGACCCUUUGGACACGCCCCCCUUCCAGAGGACACCUGCUCCGGACCUCAGUGAUCCCUUCUUCUCCUUCAAAGUGGACCUGGGGAUUUCACUUCUUGAGGAAGUUCUACAGAUGCUGAGGGAGCAAUUUCCCAGUGAGCCCAGCUUCUGAAUGGGGGGAGGGUGGGCAGAGGUGGGUGAAAGAGCCAGAAGCCUGGGGACCCAGAGAAGGAGGGGACAGUCGUGGAUUAAGGUAGGGAUAGGAAUCCAGGUCCCUGCCUUCCCUCUGGGUCCUGAACAGUUCUCUGAGUCACCCCAGAGUGGAGGGACAGAGGUACAGAGGCAAGAUGGAAAUGUGAGGGGGGCACCUGCUGGCAGGAGCCCUGAAGGCAGCUAGCUAGGCUGGGAAAGGGAGGCCACGCCUGCAACCACAGGGACCAGGCAGAGGCCAGCAGAGAGGGAGGGUGGCAUAAGGGGUGAGUCCGGGAGUGGAGGACGCGCAGACUGGGCAUGACAGAUGGGUGCCCUGGGCCAGCUCCCUCUGAAGCCACUGUCAACAGAACGAGGUUACAGGACAGGUCUGGGCAAAAGUGGUCCAAUCCAGGCUGGAGAGGAAAGUGGGAGACCUAAGGGGAGAGGGAUGAAACAGGCGUGACCUUGUACAGUAUGGUAGCCACUAGCCGCACGUGGCUGUUUAAUUGAAAUUAAAUACAAUUAAAAAUUCAGCCCUCAGUCACACUAGCCAGGUUUCAGGUGCUCAACAGCCACAUACGACUAACGGCUACCACACUGGACAGAGUGAACGUUAACAUCACUGGAGAAAGUUCUACUGGGCAGCACAGGUCUAGACCAUGGCCUGGGGCCUGGUGGGGGGAAGGAGGAAGCAUAUGGGGCCUGCAAGGGAAGGGAGGGGCUGACAGAGUAGGAAGAAUGAGGCAGGUAGAGAUACACAGUGUAACUCUGGAAAACAAAUCAAACAAAUCACUAGCAGAAAAGGGGGCAUGAGAGACUCAAAGUGCCAGUACAGCUGCCCGUAGCACGAGCACUCCCUGGUGCCCAAGGAAGGAGGCUCUAGGGAAUGCCAGGCACAGACAGCUUGCGAAAGGGGGCUGUGCGGAAUUCCCAGAAUUACUAGUGACGGGAGCCCUUGGGAAAUGCAACAAAAAACAGUGGCAGGUUUCCCUCCUUCCUGCGCCCAUGAGAAUACGGGCCGGAGGACUGGAUCAGGGACAGACAUGAAGCUCAGAGCUGUUACAAUGAAGAGGCAAGCUGGUCUCCAGACUCCUCACCAGGACUGAGGAACUCUGCUUUGCUCAAAACCUCUGACGACGGGGCUACGGCCCCACCCUGAGGCCUUGGCCAGAAGACUUGGAGCCAGAGCCCAGUUGGCCGCAUGUGGUUCUGACACCCCAGGCCUUUCCAGGUGUGGCAGAGGGGGAAGGGAAGCCUGGACACACAGCGCCUCCACAACCGAAACCUGUGGCCUCCCCCUUCCCUCCUCUUGUGUGGCUGUGCUGAACUGAAAGCCCCCGUGGGAUGGUGAUAAAGAGAGCUCUUUGUAACACAGCCUAUGGAGUGUCGUCUGGGGCUGCGAAAUGCUGGGCCUUAACCGUGGGGAAACGGUCUCUAAAGAAGGGUCCCGAGUCAGGCUCAGACCAGGUCCUUUGCCUCCUCUGUCCAGGGUCUGGGACACACUCCAGAGAGCUCCCCAUCCUCACGGCCAGGUGAGGGGCGUGGUGGCGGGGUGCCUGAGGCAAUGGGAGUGGAGCCCUUGCUGACCCACGGAGGGGCAUUCUUCCCCACCGAGGGGCUGGAACACAUCAGCCUGAGGCUCUCACACAGACCCCUGGGCACUUCAGAGAAGGGAGAGAGAGCUCUUGUCCCACCGAAGUGGGGACAAGUGUGACCAGGGCUGUGUGUGUGUAUACGUGUGGGGCGGGGAGCGGAACAUAAGCCUUCGUGGAGCCGCGAGGACUAAGAGCCGGUGUUGGGCUUGUGUCAGCUCAAGUGCCUGCUUUACCACAAGUCGGGCACCAGGCAGCACCUCAGUGUCGGCAGGGUAGCCAGUGUUAUUUCUAAAGAGGAGAUAUUGCCUCUUGACAGUAGGUCCCCAUCUGGGACAGCCGUGGACGCACCUGUAAGGAAGCUGGGGAAAGAAGCAGCCACCCUCAUCACCGGCCCCUUCCCUGAAGCACCAGGUCAUCUCAGCGCCAAAUGCUUCACACUGCAACCAAGCGACCCGCAGGCCAGGACAACGCCUUUGGGUGAUGAUGAGAGAACCCAAAGGGGACCAGAAUAUGAUAAAUAAGGUCUAAGAGGUCUGUAUAGGGUGGGCCCCACUGGCACUCAGAGAGGAAAGGGGAUCAGCAAGGAAUCCCAGUCCUCCUGCUUGGAUUGGCAGACCUGCCAAUCUCUCCAUAUUCCUGAUGACUGGGAUUUGCGAGGAAAGGGCCCUGAGAAGAGCCCAAACAGGAAGAGGCGCCCUGAAGCCUGAGCAUGCCCGGCUGUGUGAGGCCUGGCUCCUUACCUGGGACAGUCCUGGGUGGUUAGGGCCCAUUGUGCUCUGGGGCCGUCCCUCCAACCAGGAAAUCUUCAGGGGGUUAUCGACUAGGCCCACUUCAUUCUGGACAGCCAGCUCCUGUCAAAUACAGCAUCCGGUCCUGGUCCCAUCACUCCAGUCGGCUGCAGAGAGGCUCUCUCUAACCCCACAGAGAGAACCAGAACCAGCGCUCUCAUCCUCCAAGCAAGGCACAGCAAACUUCACACGAUGGUAUGCUGAAGCUCUGACCUUCCCCGUGCGCCACGUGAGCUUUCUGACUGGGGAGUGGAGGAAGGGGAGAAGGCAGUGCCAGGGCUCCAACCUGGAGGUGUGCUGGCUUCCAGGGGAAGGUGGAGGGUGCAGAGCCAGGCAGCAGGAAAUGAAGCCGUCCCCGGAAUAUUCUCCUGUCCAUCCCUUCACUUGCUGUGCCUCUACUCCUGGGAGCUGGAGGGGCUCUGGGGAAUCCUGGCUCUGAGUUGGCCCAGAGAUCCCCCGGGAGUGUGGACACCUAAGCUCAGAGGGCCCACAGAACUGGAUUCCUCCCCUGGAAUGGCAGGGCUGUCGACGGCCCCCAAAGCCCCACGGAGCACUCACCGCAGCCUUGAUGGUUGCAAACUCCACCACGGCGGUGCCUGCCUUCUUACUGGACAGUACCAGGUUGAGCACCUCUCCGUACUGUGAGGAUAAGCGGGUCCCGGUAAGCAUGGCUCAGCCUUCAGGAUGGCCCAGCUCACACCAGAGACAAGCCUGGGCCACCCAGAGGCCACCAGGCCAUUUUUAGCUGGGGUAUAACCUCUCAUUGCUAGGUUCCCAGAAAGGGGGGAUCAGAGAUGGGAAAGAAAGGUUCCCUCGCCCCUCGGGAAUGCAGAGGACAGCAAAGGAGAGCUCGGCAGACAUGGGAAUUUAGACCAGCAGAGACGCACAGCUGUCUCAGCAACUGAAAGAGGUGAAGAGGAUGUGGCUUUGGUGCCAGACAACAGCCUGCUCUCGCCCCACACACGCAGCCAAGCCCUUUGCUUCUAAGGACAGCAAGGGAGGGGGCACACGGCAACAUGAGUGACUGGGGGGCCGUGGCCUGGGGAGAAGGUCUAUGACACAGAAAAAAAGGCAGGUAGAGAUGGGAAGGAAGGUUAGGCCUGGAGCUCCUGGGGUUUGGGCUGAGGUGGGGCCUGAGAUGAUGGGUUAGGGGGAAGUCAGCAGGGCAGACCUUUUGAAAAAGCCGCAGGAGGACAUCUCUGGAAUAGCCGCCUUGUGACUUGGCCUCCUUCUUGCUCUUCCACUUGAGCUGAAAAGACAGCAGUGGGCAUCACCAUUAAACACUGACUUCUCAGCAGAACCAGACCCUGCACCUGAGCUUUACAGUCUGAGCAGACACCUCCCCCCCUUCAAAGCACUGGUAAUCUAGGGAGCACCCCCCAAAAUGCAUUCCCCUUGAAAACAGACAGGCAGGUGGCCUGCUCACCCACAGCUACGCUUCCAGCCCUAUAAGAUGCUCUCCUUUGAGGGCCUCAGGGAGGGCUGCCCUGCAGCCUUCAGGGCUAAGAGCAGCCUUUCACGGCCAGCUCUGAGAGGCCAUCCUGAUGCCCAGGCAGUGGGAAGAUGGAAGGAUGGGAUGUGGGUAGUGGUGUGGCUCCCAGAGAUCCAGCAUCCCCACCAGAAGCACCUGUGCCCAUGGAAUCAUCUGUUCUGCUGAGAGGAGAUGGUGUGAGGUGGCCUGUAGAUCCGCAGGGCUCACCUUUAGCUUGGGGGUUCCUUUGCUUUCAGGAUUUUCUGCCAUUCCUAGAAAAUUUAGGAAAAUUAGCAAGGUAGAAUAUGAUGGAGUCAGAGGUUCUCUCUCCAAUGGAGACACAGGCCAGGGCCAAAGGACCUAGAAAAGAUCACUCCUGACCAAGGGCAGUAUUUGCCCCGCCCUGCUGUGGAGCCUGGUAGGGCAAGUAGAGGCAAUCCCACCCCAACCCUGAGGAGCUGUCACCUUGGGACAGCUGCCCAGCUGCCUGCUGAAGGCCAUGGUCAGCACUCUGCCAACGAAGGGCUAUGAACACCUACGGGGGGCAGAAGGUAGAGGUACAGACCACACAAUUCUACUGAAACAGAGUACCCCAGAGCCUUCCCCACCCCGCCCUGGUGAUCUGCUCCAAAACAGAUCCAGCUCUGCUUGGGACUAGGAUAAAUGGGGCCAGGAGAUCUCAGGUAGAGUGAAAAGCCAAUAGGCCUCAGAGAACUGGUAAGAAGAGACAGGUGGCAUGUGUCCAAGUGGGGUGCCCAGGGGGUUCCAGCAGGUGGAAGGUUCCAGAACAACUUCCCUGAGCAGCCAGUGUGGCCACUCUGGGCAUCAAGAGCUGCCUCAGAGGGGGAGGCAGGUUUGGGGGACGGACUCUCACCUCUCAACCUCUGUUCCCGUUCCUGGCGUAUCUGCUCCUGGAUCACCCUCUGCUGCUCCUCCAGCUGCCGGGAACCCUCUUCUCGCAGGCGUCUGAUCUGCAGAGUGGGAGUUGGGGAGGGUGACAGUUCUGUGCAGAUCCAAUUCCAGGUUGGCUCACCUUGCAAAGGUCCCUGGGACAUUCCACCUGCAAGCUAGGCUCAGCAACCUGCAGGUGGGACAGGUUACCCAGAUCCCACAGAAGAAAGUGGAAAUGGCAUGUCCUCUCCAGUCACGGCAACCCCUUUGCUCCACCAGCCUCCUCCCCCUGCAGAUGGCCGCAGUGCCUGGACGCUCACCUCUUGCUCUAGUGUCCCGGUGCUCCGGCUCUCUUCCUCCUCCUCCUCGUCGCUGCCGUGGGCCUGGGCCUGCCGCUCCCGGGCCUCCAGGUCUACGAACAAGGGUUGAAUGACCCAAUGUCUGGUCUAAGCAGUUUCUACAUGGCCCCAGCCUACCAGGCUCUGGCUGCUUCCCCAAAGUCUCACACAGCAUGAACCUAUACAGUAACUCUGGCCCCUCCCUGAAUGCCCAUGUGCUCCCAAAUUAAUUUCCAUCGAGAAAAGUCCUAACAAGGAAGAGAAUAGGAUCCAGCUGAGUGGCCGGGGUCUGGAAAAGUUAAAGCAGCUCACGCUGACCAAGCUGGUUCUCCAAACAGUGAACAAGGUGUGGGUGGGUGCUUAUGUCAGUAGCCCAGGGCCACGGGUCAGGGCUGCCAGUGGGUGGAGCUCCUGGCCUCUGUUCCUGUGGUUUGGCACCACAGCCUGACCUGCGACCUUGCCAUGGCUUUGAUGCUCUUCCCACCACUGAGCUCAAGUUCCCACAGAAUCUUCUUUUUUUUUUUUUUUGGCUGCGUUGGGUCUUCGUUGCUGCGCGCAGGCUUUCUCUAGUUGUGGUGAGCGGGGGCUACUCUUCGUUGCAGUGCGCAGGCUUCUCAUUGCGGUGGCUUCUCUUGUUGCGGAGCACGGGCUCUAGGCAUGUGGGCUUCAGUAGUUGCAGCACGUGGGCUCUAGAGCACAGGCUCAGUAGUUGUGACGCACGGGCUUUGCUGCUCCGCAGCAUGUAGGAUCUUCCUGGACUAGGGAUUGAACCCAUGUCCCCUGCAUUGGCAGACGGAUUCUUAACCACUGCGCCACCAGGGAAGUCUCCCGACAGAAUCUUCUACCUCCCCCCUCAACUCACAUUUACCAAGCCUCACUGUGGACCCAGCUACAACGGCUCCUACAGGAACAUCAGCCUCCAUGCAAGGACAUCACCCCAGGUCCUGGAGCCUUCCCACCUUCCAAGAGAAACCUGAUUGUGGCCCUGUCCCAGGCCAGCUGCUGUGACAAAUGCUUCUUUCAGGUCUGGGACUCGCCGCUUUGUUUUCUGUUCACUUUACUUACCUAAACUCUUCAGGUUUGUUUGUUUUUGAUGGAUGUACUGGGACGGUAUGUGUACAUAAUAAAUAUAUGGAUGUGAAGCAGGCAAGAGGAAGGGGAGGAAAAUCGAGUAAAGAAUGCUUGGACCAGUCUUAUGGGGGUGAUGAAAAUGUUCUAAAAUUGAUUUAGAGUCAUAGAUGCACCAUUUGGUAAAUUUACUAAAAAUCACUGAACUGUUCACUUGAAAUGGGUGGAUGAUAUGAUAUACGAAAUAUAUGUCAAU